UCUCCUCUCCAUCUCUCUGUUAUUUCAUCUUCACCAAAGGCGAUCCCUUUCGAUCUCUCUCUCUCUCCUCUUCGAAUCGCCCUCAGAUUCUGUAUCAUCUCUUCCAGUUCCGUGUAGAAUCUCACAUUCUCCGGAUCCUUAACUUCCAACCCUCGAAGACAGGUUUCGACUCAAAUGUUAACCUAAAACUCUGUUCCCCUUCGAAACAGAGCAACAACAGCCACAGAGAUGUCAGAUUCAAGAUACCGAGUCGGAUACGCUCUCGCAGCGAAGAAGCAGCAGAGCUUCAUCCAGCCUUCGUUGAUCGAACACUCGAGGCAACGAGGCAUUGAUCUAAUCAAGCUCGAUCCGACGAAGCCUCUGCUGGAACAGGGGAAGCUCGAUUGCGUGAUCCACAAGCUUUACGACGACGGCUGGAAACAGAACCUCCGCGCGUUUCGCGAGAAGCGUCCCGACGUCCCCGUCGUCGACUCUCCCGAGGAUAUCGAGCGGCUUCACAACAGGGUUUCGAUGCUCGAGGUGAUCACUCGGUUAAAGUUCCCUGUUUCGGAAAGGGAGCGUUUUGGCGUCCCGAAGCAGGUCGUUGUGAUGGAUCCGAGCGUUUUGAGCGGAGGAGGAGGGUUAGGGGAGCUCGAGUUUCCGGUGAUCGCUAAGCCCUUGGACGCGGAUGGGAGCGCGAAGUCUCACAAGAUGUUCUUGAUUUACGAUCAAGAAGGGAUGAAGAUACUUAAGGCGCCGAUUGUGCUGCAGGAGUUUGUGAAUCACGGUGGUGUGAUCUUCAAGGUCUAUGUGGUUGGAGACUAUGUGAAGUGCGUAAAGAGAAGAUCUUUACCUGAUAUUUCCGAGGAGAAGAUCGGGACGUCGAAAGGGUCUUUGCCGUUUUCGCAGAUAUCGAACUUGACUACUGCUCAGGAGGAGAAGAACAAGGAGUAUGGUGAGGAUAGGAGCUUGGAGAAAGUGGAGAUGCCUCCUUCGAGUUUCUUGGAGGAGCUGGCGAAGGCGAUGAGGGAAUCGAUGGGUCUUAAUCUGUUUAACUUUGAUGUGAUUAGGGAUGCGAGAGAUGCGGAUAGGUACCUUGUUAUUGAUAUUAACUACUUUCCUGGGUAUGCUAAGAUGCCGUGUUAUGAGCCUGUGUUGACGGACUUCUUCUGGGACAUGGUCACAAAGAAGAAUCAUCAUGUCUGAGAGCUAUCUGCCAAGUUGUUUUAGCGGGAACAUUCCUUAGGGAGGGUUUCUACUAUCUCAAUCUGCCCUGCUAAUUUUCAUUUGGAUUAUUGAACUUGUGCUUCUUUUUUUUGUUAUUGUUUCUUAGAUGUUAUUCUCUUGUUUACUUCCAAGUUUUGCAAAGCCUUGUUCAUUGUUCAGAUGCAUAACUGUUGCUACUAUUGAGAAAUGAGAAUCAUUGGAUUUCUAAGUCCUGGGCCAUUUGCUCUAUUCUCAACUCUUGGUAGUAGCGUAUCUCAAUCUCCAUGUUCCUUAACAGUCUGCCAAUGAGAUAGUUGAUUGAUGAAAGUUUUUACAUUGUUUUUAUCAAUGCUAACUUACCUCUUUGUAUCGCUUAUUCUUAUAAACAACUUAAACUAGA